AUGAGGUCAAAGAAACAGAAAUCUAAGUUGGAUAUUCUUUUGUGGGAUAACAAAGAAGAAUACUAUAAUAAUUUAGGCUAUAGCGUUUAUAUUUCAUUCGCCAAGCUAUAAAUUGCGAGGUUAAUUAUGAUCGUUAAUUUGCUUUUCACUUGGGGAGGCUGUGUAUAUAUAAAUAUGAGAAAGUCUUUCUUGUACUUAAACUUUUGGGCAUUAUCUUUUACAUGCCUGGCAUUUAUAUUCCUAUUUUUAUCCUCAGGGAGAUAAAAAGUAGAGAGAAUCCUGACCGAAGAGGGUAAAAUUAUUCCUAAGAAGGAAAGAUCAGAGCUUUGGAAGAUCGGUUUAUUUUUCUAUACUAUGGCUUGGCCUUUAGUUUUUGCAUCAAACUUGCUUUUCUUUACUUGGGUCCAGGAGGAAUAAGUUUGCCAAACUUAUAUAGAUUUUGGAUUUGACAUGUGGAGAUCAAUGGUUCUUGCUUCUACUGUUUCAGUUCCCUUAAUAUUCUUACUAAUUGACUUCUGUUUCAAUAAACUUGUGAUGUCAUACAGACAAAUAAUAGUCAACUAUAUUUUUAUCUGUGUGUACAUGCUAAUUGCGACAAUCGGAUCAUUUAUUCAAGAUAAGCCAAUAUAUGGAGAUAAAAUGUCGUUCUUUAAUCAUUCCCCUUAUGAUUGGGACAAAAUUCAAAAUAAUGUUACUCAGCAACAUUAAGACAGCAAAUAAGCAAUGGCUCUAUUUAGUCGUUGUAAAAAUGAAACUUUUAAAAUGUGGACAGACCAUGAAGUCUCAGUUAAUUAAACCAAUCCUGGAAUAAGUAUUAAUAGUAUAGUAAUUUAGCCUGACAAAGCAAAAACUUCUAUAUCAGUAGGAAUCAUCUUCUUAUCAAUCACAGUUGCUCAUUUCUUAAUUGCUUAUAUUUCAAAUUGGAAGGCUGAUAAAGCCUAAAUUGAACCAGCUGUAAGAGCUAUAAGUGUGGAGGAAUUAAACUCUAAAUCUAACAGAGACACACUUUCUUUGAUAAUGGAUGAACCCACUGCGAGAAAAUUUCUUAAAGAUAAAUAAGCAUAUUAAUGA